AAGCGAGCGAAGAUGUCUUCUUCGCUGCCGCCGGCACCGGCGGUCCUUUCCAUCAACAUGCCACAUCCUGUAGACAACUUUCAGUUGAGCUCUGCCACCCGAGAGUACGGAGAAAAUGUGACAGCAUCCAGACCACACAGCCCGUCCAAGUCGCCCAAGCUGGCGCGGUCCAUGUUUGACGAGAACGCGUCGCAACUUCCUGCGACUGAGUGCGUGUUCCGCGUGCGCAUCAGCGGCAUUCAGUGCCGAAAUCUUGAACCUCGCAAGUUUGGCGGGAAGAGCGAUCCAUUUGUCGAGUUUUACUGGGGGGACAUUGAAGCGCCGUUUACAACCCCAGUUAUCAAGGCCGACUUGAACCCGACGUACAAAGGCGUGACCAUUUCGUUCGAGUACAAACAAAGCGUCGCGCGUCUCAAGGAGAAAAAUUGCACGAUCAAAGUAUUUAGCAGCCGCACGUUCCAGAGCAAGACGUUGAUCGGGACCGCGGUCAUCGAUCUCCUCUCGGUGGCGACGGGGCCCGUCCACCACGACCACCACUUGCUCGGUUGCUCGAACGGACGUGUCGUGUUCAAUUGUUACAUGGAGCAGUGCAGCAAUUGGAACAUUUGCGUCAGCGACAUUGGGCUCAUGAUGCCUGCAAUCGGGAACGAACUGGACCGGCCCGAAGGCCACGAUUUUCAGGAAGACGCGUCGCUGCCGCUGAAAAAGUACGCUGUCUCGUACAAGUGCACGAUCGGGACAUCCGAAACGUUCCAAAUGGGCAACACAUUGAAGCCUGCCGAAAAGAUUCCGUUCGAAAACAUCCAAGAAAUCAGUUUCCAAGCGCUUGCGCGACUCAAGGUCCUGUCAAAUCGCAACAUGGCCCGUAUGACGACCCACCACGACGAUCUCGAGAGCACUGGCAGUGGAAGUAGCGGCGCUGGUCCGUCCAGCAGCGACCAACCUCUGUCGUCGUCGUCAUCCGCUGUCGUUCCAGAAGAACCCAUCGCCGUGAGCUGGAGCUCCGCUGCAGACCGACUGCCGCCCAUCACGCGAUACAGUACGUUCGACGAACUCAUGUCGGCCACACUCAAGCUAGAAAUACGCAACCUGUCUGUCGGCCGCGGCCAAAUGUCGUCCGAUGCAGACAACGGGUUUCUGCUCAUGUUUGAAAAGUACAAAAAGGAAACGGCAGAAGUCGAUCCUGACGUGCCGAUGGAUGCCGAACUGCAAAACACAGUCCUGUUUGGACAGAGCUGGCUAUCGCUCGAGAAGCUGUUUGAAGAUGCGCUGCAGGAACGGCUACGGCGGCGCACAGACUCGAAAGAGAUGGAAGAUCUUGCGGCCAAAAUGAACCCUCUCGAGGCGUCGAGCUUGACCUCCAAGUUUGAACAAAACCUGACGCUCAAGGGACACCAAGUUGGCGUCGUGUACGGGUCGGUGGUGUUCACGAAAAUUCCGGACGUCCGGCAGCUCCGCAGUGGUGUCAUCAGCGAGAACGGCAUUUCGUCUUCGAGCAGCGUCAUAGUCGGCACGUCCAACGAUAAGAAGAUGCGGAAGUCGAAGGUCCAGAUCCCGAUUGAAGCCCAGCGCGUGCUGGAAAAGACCCAAGACCUCGUGCAGCUUAUGUCGACGACGGCCAAGGACGACAAGGAAGGGAAGAUUCGCAAGGCGACAAAGAUCUUGCGCGUGCUGCAGACGUCGCACAAAGCCUCCAUGCUAUCGUGGGUGUACGCGUCGACGGAAGCGCUGGACGAGACCAAGAGCAUCCUCCUCCGGCUGUGGCAAUUCCUCCUCGAAAACAUCCGUGUGCGGCACUACGCUCUGCGGAAUAUUUUUUACGAGCUCCUGUUCUACCUCGUAAAGCGCGCCGAGCUGAGUGACUUGCCGCUGCUUGGGUUCGACUCGGUAUCGUCGAGCAGCCAUGGCUUUUUUCACGGCGGCAACAAGACUCAAAAGAAAGACCUUGAAUUUGGCCUCAAGCUGCGGUCCAUGCUGGUCGAAACCAAGUACUGCGUUCUGCAGGCUGUCAGCGUCCGUGGCGUCAUGAACAACAACUUUAUGUUUUUCGUCGCGCGCAUGCUGUCGGUGCUGUGCUUUCGGCUGCCAAGUUUUGGCGUCGAGCUGUACUCGGUGUGGGCUGAAUCGUACUUGGAGCCGGUUGAGGAACUCGCGGCAGAGUUUGAAAUGAACGCGGACGCAGACCUGUUUGCGAUGGAUGGUCUGGAAGCCCAUUUGGACUGGCGCCGCUUUCACAAAGCGCUGUGCGACUGCUACGGUGAAAAGGCGCUCAAGGCCCAAGAAGACGAAGCCGAGGACAAGUAUGAAGUCACGGUCGAGAGCUACCGCGUGCGGUUCCGUCGCAUCGCAGGCGAAACGAACACGCUGAACAUUUUGUUGGUGGACCAGUGGCUCUGGUACGUGCUGGACACGUUGGCCGUGCUCAAUCAAAAGAUCGGGUGGGUCCACCUGCCAGGAUAUGCCCAAGUGCUCAAGGUGUUUUUCCUCGAGCUCAAAGGCCAAAAGUCGGGGUGGCUUCCCCCAACGCUGUACAAACUGUCGUGCACGAUGCUGUGCAACCCGACCAUUAUCAACCCGAUGACCAAAUUCUUGCUCAGUUCGACCAAUGUGCACGAAGUACCGGCCGUGAUUGGUGCAGUCGAGCUGCUCGGCGUCUGGAUGUACAUGAUCCGGUCGUGGCGCGUGCGCCUCGGGUCGUACCGGCUGUCGCAUCUCGAAAACAACGACAGGUGGAACUUUCACCAGGACGCGCAGUACUCGAUCCCGGCUGGCGACGAAGUGUCUCUGCUCCCUCCGACCUUUGACUUUCGGUUUCUCACGUCCGCGCUCCAAAUCCUUCUCGAGUCCGAGCACACGCAGAUUCUGCUCACGACGCUUGAAUUUCUCUACAACACGUGGGACUGCUUCCCCGAGCGCCACGCCGACAAGCUCCGCUAUGAACUGGCUCAACCCGACACGUUCAUGAAGUUGUUUCUGCACUGGCACAGCGAAGUGCGCCACUUUUUCCACACCCUGAUUGCGUACCGCGCGAUGAAGCCCCACGCGUGGACGCAAAAGGGGUCGUCCUUCGUUGAUACACCGCCCCAUAGUCGGCGGUACAUUGACGCGGUCGGUGCCGACUUUACGUCGUCGUUGGGCCCCGAAGAAAACAAUACUGACAAGCGAUCGAGAAGUUACAGCGCUAGCAACAUCAUCGAGUCUGUAUCCAAGCGCCUUGGGUCUGUGAGCUCGCCGAGGGCCAUGUGGAGCUCGUCGCCGCGGUCGUCUCCCCGGGCGUCCCCGCAGCCGUCGCCAACAUUGACCAUCACGGUGCCGUCUCCUAGUGGAUCGAGUGGAAUGUCGCGCGGGUUUAACUCGAGCGGGAACAGCACGCCCACCAACGACUCGAGCGGCGGCGGACGCAAGUCGGAGGAAAACACACCACACAGCCGUCAAAGUCGCAAAACGCGAAGCGUGUCGGAAGAUUUGAACCGGAAGGAACUGGCUGCGGCCAAGAUGGACCCAAAGAUUCAGGUACAGUUUCACCGCAUGCUCGAAUCUGUGUAUGCCGCCGCCAAGACGUAUGCUGCUCAACUGGCCGGCGAGAAGCAGCCCGCGGGCGGUGACAACAUGCCCACAACUGCCGCCGCGACGACGCAGCCCCACCAUCACCACCACCACCACGUGUCGUGGAAGAAGAAGGGUCAGCUUCUGAAACAGGGCUUUUUGUACCGCAACCAGUGGAAGACCAAGUACUUUUCCCUUAAAAACAACAAACUCGGGUACGCCGACUCGGAAAACGGCCCGAUCAAACGUGAAAUCUCCGUCCUCGGCGCGCGCGUCGGCGAAAUGGCCAACCAAAUCGACCAAUCGAACGGGAACCGCGUCAUCCUGUUUAACUGCUUCUACGUGGACAACGGGCCUACGUCGCGGUUCCAGCUGUGCGCGCCGUCGUAUGACGAGCAGCGCGAGUGGAUCGAGGUGCUGUCCCAGAACGCCACCGAGACGGAGGAAAAGAAGCUGCCGAAAACGACUCCGCUCCCGACCGCCGACAAGGACGACAAGUGGGAUGCACUGUCGGACAAACUCGAAGGGGUUGCAGGACUGCACGUUGGCGGCGAAAGCGUUCCUCAGUCGCUGAUGCCGUACACGGUCCAAGCCACGAAAGAGUGGCUGACUUUUCGAGUGGACGCCAUUGAUCUGGACUCGCGCAUCGCUGCCAACCAACCGUUUACGCUGCCCGUGCUCCUGGCCAAGACGUCGACGUAUGCAGAGGACAUUUGAGCACCCCGUCCGACCCCUUCAUGCUUGUGGAUUCGUCGACAUUUCCGAACAACACGUCUGUGACUUGGAUCACGCCAUUUGCGUUCCAUUCCUAACUCGGUCGUGUGUCGUGCAGUCGCGGUGGCAUCGAUUGCUUUAGCUAUGCUAGCCUUGUAGUGUCUCAUUGAAAGGUCGCAAGGAGGGUAUUCACAUGCAGGUGACGGAGGCGUCGCCACUGUUGAACUUGCGGCGAGAUAAGUGCAUGCGCUGACCGACAGGCUCAUGUUCACCUGGACACCCUGCGUCCUGGAACGUCGUCGAUGGGAUGAAGCUCAUGUACCUCUCAUAUUGGAUAUAUCUCGCGUUUUUAUGCACGAAAUAUAAAAUAUCACAG